AUGAAACAUAAGCCCGAAACUUUUAUGGAACUAUCUAAGCUGCCAGAGGACUCUGCUAAGUGUCUGUACAAUGAUACAAAAGACUAUGUACAUGUGUAUGUAUCUGUGAGCAGGCUGCGAAAAUGCCCUUAUAGACACAUAACAAUUGCAGAGUAA